GAUGCUACGACUUGCCAAUGGCCAAAAACACAUCAUACGUGCUUAGAAACACAGAGCAAAGGUGAACAAUGUUAUGUUUUUUUUUUUUUAGCUCGACGAAGAAUCUGGACAGACUGGUUGGUUUAGUAACCAGACAGCAGCGUUAGCUGUCAGCGAGAAAUGUUGGCUGUGUGUGGCCCAGAACUGACCUUUUCUUUUUAAACGAUUACAUCAUGGAGGCCAUGCUUGACUUUGUAAACAUAUUCCACAUGGAGACCAGUGGCUCAUAUGUGACACUCGGCAUCUUCUUCCUGGCUCUUCUGUACUGGUAUUCAGUUUACCCCUUUUCAGUCCUCACUCGAUGUGGAAUCGAACAUCCAAAACCAGUCCCCUUUUUCGGCAACCUGUUCCUGUUUCGUGAGGGUUUUUUCCAUCCCGUGUCUGACCUCAUAAAGAGAUAUGGUCGAGUGUGCGGGUAUUAUUUAGGAAGGAGAGCAGUGGUUGUCGUGGCAGACCCUGACAUGCUGAGACAAGUGCUGGUGAGAGAGUUCAGCAGCUUUCCAAACAGAAUGACUAAUCGCUUUGCCAACAAACCCAUGAGUGAUUGUCUCCUCAUGUUGAAGAAUGAACAGUGGAAAAGAGUCAGGGGUAUUCUGACUCCGUCCUUCAGUGCUGCCAGAAUGAAAGAGAUGGUUCCAUUCAUCCAAACAACCACGAAUGCCCUGAUGAACAACUUGGAUGCCUAUGCUGAAUCAGGGGAGGCCUUUGAUAUUCACAGGUGUUUCGGCUGCUUCACUAUGGACGUAAUUGCCAGCGUGGCGUUUGCAACCCAGGUGGAAUCUCAGAACAACCCAGACGACCCAUUUGUCCACCAUGCUCAGAUGUUCUUCUCAUUUUCUUUCUUCAGGCCCAUCAUGCUUUUUUUCAUUGCUUUUCCACACAUUAUGGCUCCACUGGCGGGAAUCAUCCCCAACAAACGUCGCCGCCAAAUGAGUGAGUUCUUCAUCAACAGCAUUCAAUGGAUCAUUAGACAGAGGGAGGAGCAACCUCCUGAGCAGAGGCGGCGGGAUUUCCUUCAGCUGAUGUUGGAUGCGCGCAGUAGCAAGGAGGCUGUGUCUUUGGAGCACUUUGACGCAACGAGCAACAGUGCUGAGUCUGAUCACAGGAGUUCAGAGGCUAGUCUUCACCUUUCGGAUUCGCCCACCCGGCGACCAUCCAAAAAGGUGAUAACAGAAGAUGAAAUUGUCGGCCAAGCUUUUGUCUUCCUGCUGGCUGGCCACGAGACCAGCAGCAGCACUCUGGCCUUCACCUGCUACCUCCUGGCAAUCCAUCCAGAGUGUCAGCGCCGAGUCCAAGAGGAGGUGGAUGACUUUUUCAGCAAACAUGAGUCUCCUGACUACACUAAUGUCCAGGAGCUGAAAUAUUUAGAUAUGGUUGUAUGUGAAGCAUUGCGGCUCUAUCCUCCUGGAUUCAGGUUUUCACGAGAAAUCGAGCAGGACUGCGUGGUGAAUGGAGUGUCCUUGCCAAAAGGAGCCUUAUUGGAGAUCCCAGCCGGUUUCCUUCACUAUGACCCUGAGCACUGGCCUGAGCCCGAGAAGUUCAUCCCUGAGAGAUUCACCCCUGAGGCGAAAGCCAGUAGGCACCCGUUUGUGUACCUGCCUUUUGGGGCGGGCCCCCGCAACUGUGUGGGCAUGAGGCUUGCCCAAUUGGAAAUCAAGAUGGCUCUGGUUUGUCUUUUCCACAGGUUCAACAUCAUAACCUGCUCCGAGACAAAGGUUCCGCUCGAGUUGAAGUCAUCAAGCACCCUCGGCCCCAAAAAUGGCAUUUUUAUCAGGAUCACAAAAAGAGACAACAGAUGACCUCUGAAUUAAAUGUGAUGCGCUGCUAAACCUCUGAAAUGGGGAGGGGGAGGGGGGGGGUUUCUUUCAAAACAAGUGGAGCCCUUUAACUUUGUUCAGGAAACAGAACACUGAAGACAAGUCACACAUCUCCAACAUUGGAACAACCAAACCAAAUAUAAGCCAUCUUCGCUAAAAGAAUCCCAAUCUUGAAGCAGCAAUGAGAUAAAAUGUCACUUAAUUUACACUUUUCACAGUUACUCUUUUGUGUCGUACUUUAUUACGUAAAACCUGUAAUAAUCGGUGCAUUUUGUGUCCCAUCCCUUUUACAUAUCUGCUCAGUCAGCCACAAUAAGUGUCAUUAGAACAUAUUUGCGCCAUCUAUACCAAUACCUAAAUUAACCUGGACAUGCCACUUAUGAGUAAAAGCUUUUUCACAAUGUGAAUAAAAGUAAUGAACAAUUUAAAUAAAUUAUUGAAAUGGAUUAUGAAGUUUUUAGUUUGUGGGGAGUGUAAAUAUGUGAUUUGAAAUGUGAAGUCUUGCAAAGUACAGCCAUGUUGCAGUUAAAGUUUUAUAAAAAAAAAAAAAAAAAAAAGGUGCAAAAUUGCUCUUGAAAACGUUUUUAUAAAAACGUUUUCAAGAGCGUUUUUUUUUAUAAAACGUUUUCUUGAAAACGUUUUAUAAAAAAAUAAAAAAAAAGGUGCAAAAUUGCUCUUGAAAACGUUUGAUGUGAUAAAACUUGGAUCAGGGACGUCGCUAUGUUUCGCCCUUUGCUGUGGGUGCGGUUUGCUGAUGAUUUCUUUUUACCCAAACCUUGAUCUGCCACCACAUAAUUUUUCUUUAGGAUUUUUCAUCUUUGUCAGGCAUGCAUUUUAAAAUGUAUGCAGUGGAUCUGGAAAAUAUUCACAGUGCUUCACAUUUUGUUACAGCCUUAUUCAGAUUUUUUUCCCCUCAAAAUUCUACCGACAACACCCCAUAAUGAGAGUUUUAUUUUGGGACAUUUUUGUAAAUGUAUUACAUAAACAUAACUCACCAGUUUCUUUAUUAUGGUCAUUUAUGAAUCAGCCGUGAAGUGACAAAUUAAAAAAAGUCAUGCUU